AUGAAUGGGCUUCAAGACAACAAAUGGGUUGCUGCAAUGUAUAACAAGAGGGAGAGGUGGGCAGAGGCUUUCUUUAGGAACCAUUUCUUCGGUGGUAUGUGUACCAUUCAAAGAUGCGAGGCAAUGCACAGAAAUUUAAAAGGUGGGGUUGGUCGUUACAUGAGGUUGUGUGAAGUGUUGCCACGCAUGGACAAGACAAUUGAACACAUCAGGUUUAAUGGGCUUAACGAUGACUUCAAAUCAAUGAACUCGCACCCAGUUAUUGGUAGCCACAUGCGGUGUAUUCAACAGCAGGUUAGUGCAAGGUUUACCCACGACAUAUUCCUCCUCAUAAAAGAUCAAAUUCUUUUUGAGUCAAAGUUUCUCGUUGCUGACCGUGUUCGUUAUGAGAAUCAAGGAUCAACACUUCAUCUUGUAACCCAAUAUGGUAAACCUGAAAGGACAUGGCAUGUGACACAUUAUCAAGAAUCUUUGGUUAAUCAGAGGUGGACAAAACAGGCUUGUACCAAAAAUACCCUAAACAAUAACACACUAAUAAGAAUUCCCAGAAACAACACAUAA